AUGGACCCUCGGGGACCAGUCCCUCAGUCUUUCCAGCAGCUUGAGAAACCUGGCCGAAUUCGCCGUCGCAAGACCAGGAGGGAGCGAAAUAAGGCCCUAGUGAGCAGCCACAGGCCCUUGGCCCGCCAGGAUCCCCCCAUAUCCAGUCGGGAUCCUUGCGUAAUCCUCCAGGAUCCUGUGGCUUCUGUUGCCCCCAAGCUUGUUGUGAUAACUCAAGGCAGAUUGAGUCGGGAGCACCGGGGUCUUUUCAACCACGAGGUGAAAUCCCUGGAUGUGACCCGGCUGCUUAACAGAGGCUCCUUGGAAUCAUGUACCCCUCUGCUACCAACCAAGUCCUCCUGCAGCCCAGCCAGAGUCCAAGAACCAGACCUUCAGUCAAAAGGCAAAGAGAACAAGGUUCCAGGAGGCUCAGGCCCAGGUCCACCAAAUUCCCCAGAUCCGCCUGUGUUGGGGGAACUGCUGGAGGAGCUACAGUGUCAGCUGAUCGUGCCACAAGCCUUUCCCAGGAGGAACCUAGUGCAGGAGGCCAGAGACACCAUCAUAAGAACCUUACAGGGCUGCCAUGGCUGUGUGCCUGAUCUUGCCCUGGUGCUCCGAGGGUGCCAGCAACCCUUGCCUGAGGCCAAGCCGAGGGUCCCUGAGAGACAGAGGAUGGCACCUUCUUGUCUCAGCGUUCCUGACCAUGCUGCACGGGAGGGAAGGCCAAGGACUCAGCCGGCAGCAAAGGGGUGCAGCUCCGCCAUGCCUCACCCUUGCAGCAGCACCGCCGCUGCACACAGGGCCGGCCAGGUGCACCCUCCAGAUCGCCAACUGCCAUUCCUGUCGUCCACAUCAUCACCAUCUGGAGCAGCUUGGGGUCCCCCAACAGCUUUUGAUAUGCUGAAAAGCAUCUGGCUCAUAGCCACACCACCCCCUCCCCAGCCCUGGGAUGUCUGCCCACCUCAGCCCCUACCUCAGCCACCAUCACCCUUGUUACCCAGAGCAUCUGCCUUGGACUGGAGCCCCAACCCUCCUGCCCCACUGCCCAGUCUCUCCUGGGUAGUGACUCAGAGCAGUCCAGAGGCUUGGUCCUUCCCCCCAAUGAGACUAUACUGA